ACACAUUGUGUAUGCCGUUGGUUUCAUUGUACUGUAUAAUGAAUUAAAACAUCAUUGUUCCCAAUGCAUCCUGUGCGUAAUGUAUCAAUGUUGACAUUGUUAUAACCCGUGGCUCGCUGAAUGCACGCGUUUGUUAUUUCGGAGCACGCCUGCGCCGAGCACGCCGCGCAAGCGCCGUGACGCUCCACUUUGACAGCAGCUGACUGUGCUGGCUCCCACCGCACAAGUUCACCAUCCGGCCCUUCUGCCAGAGCCCAGUCAACUGUUUAUUGCUGUGCGUUUCGUUCGUGCGUACUUACCGCGAUUUUCUAGUGUUUCUGAUGUGCAUUUGACGUUAAAACAAUUUGAAGUUUUUUUAAAUAAUAAAUCGUUCUAUAUGUAUUAAUAAUUGGUGAUAAUUGUGCAGUUUAUUUCAUAAGUAACCAUUUGCUGAUGCGAUUACUGUAAGCGCUUUAACCGGAAUUAAAAGUUUACAAUGGACUUGGAAUUUCGGAACUUGAAAUACACAGUAUGCAGUCGCUUAUCAAAAGAAAAACGGCGGGAUGUGGUCAAAGGGGUGCACGGCAGGUUCCGUUCCGGACACCUGGUGGCCAUCAUGGGGCCAUCGGGCGCCGGGAAGAGCUCUCUCCUCAACGCCAUCUCUGGAUAUCGAUCUGUCGGGGUAACAGGCGAGCUCCUAGUCAAUGGACAAAUUCGAAACGAGCACCAGUUCCAACGUUCCUCGUGCUACAUCACACAAGAAGAUCUACUACAGCCUCUGCUGACAGUACGAGAGGCCAUGGACGUAGCAGCGAAACUGAAGCUGCCUAGAGGAGCGCAGGCGCACGCUACGGAGAUACUACAAGAGCUGGGACUGCUGGAGCAUCAGCAUACGAAGACAGAUUUGCUUUCGGGAGGCCAGAAGAAGAGGCUAUCGAUCGCCCUCGAGCUAGUAAACAAUCCACCAGUGUUCUUCUUGGAUGAACCUACUAGCGGCCUCGACACCGUCACCACAGUGCAGUGUGUGAAGCUGCUGAAACAGUUGGCGCGGCAGGGUCGCACUGUGGUGUGCACCAUCCACCAGCCGGCUGCCUCUCUAUUGGAGCUGUUUGAUCAGGUGUACGUGCUAGCUGACGGUCGUUGCAUCUACCAGGGGGACACCUCCGCUAUGGUACCUCACCUGCAGAGCGUCGGUCUGCCAUGUCCACGGCACCACAACCCAGCUGACUUUAUAAUCGAAGUGACAGAAAACCCCGACAAGAUAACGUUACUAUGCGAAGAAAUACUAAACGGACAACUGUACAAAUCAUCAAAGCUCGAACAGACGGAGCCGGUGAACAACAUGGAGCUGAAGAUAUGUUACCAGACGGAGGAGGCUCAGGAGACCGAGAUCAUGCUGAGCAACGAGAAGUGUCUUUAUAAAGUGCCGAAGUAUAAUGGCAGUACUUCGAGCAGCUCUUUAACUAGUCAGGUUUCACAGAUAAAUUCGUCAAUGGACUGGAUGAAAGUGCAAGAGCAGUCGGACUCAUGCGGGUACCCGACCACGUAUCUCCAGCAAUUCUACACCCUGCUGUGUCGGAUGAUGACGCAGAUAUUCAGGAAUCGACAAGGUCUCUGGAUCCAGCUGAUCCACCACGUGAUGUGCGGCGUGCUGAUCGGGCUGUGCUUCCUGAACAUGGCCAACGACGGCACGCAGAUGUUCAACCACCUCAAGAUGUGUGUGGGGCUCGUCAUAUUCUUCGCCUACACGCAGAUCAUGGUGCCAGUUUUAGUCUAUCCUCAAGAAGUGAAACUCGUGAAAAAAGAGCAUUUCAACCGCUGGUACAGCCUCACGCCUUACUACGCGGCCUUGACAGUGUCCAAGUUACCAGUACAAAUCACGCUUAAUUGUGUGUUCUGUACAAUUGUGUACUUCAUGGUGGGAGUGCCCUUCCAAGUGGCGAGAUUCAUUGCAUUCUGUUUAAUUGGAAACGUGGUGUCGCUGGUGGCUGAGGGCAUGGGCAUGGCUAUUGGAUCAGUAUUUAAUGUUAGAAACGGCUGCGCCAUCGGCCCAACAGCCAUCGCCCCGUUCCUCGGCCUCGCAAUCUACGGCUUCGACUUCGCACACCGCAUCCCCCUCCUCAUGAACCUCCUAAUGAAGACCUCCUUCAUCCGCUGCGGCGUCGUCGCCAUGGUCCUCACCAUCUUCGGCUUCGGACGAACGCCUCUGGAGUGCAAAGACGUCUAUUGCCACUUCUCCAAACCUGAUGUCUUAUUGAAAUACUUAGACAUCGAAAGAAACUCAGUUUGGAUAGAAAUUAUGACGAUGGUUGGCAUUAUGCUCGUCUUCAGAUCACUAUGCUAUAUUGGUCUAAGAUGGCGGUUUGCCACCUGAUUCCUCAGCUAGUUUAAGUUCUGUGAUAUUGUUUUGAAGUUUAUGGCUUUUGCCAGUACAAAGAUUUUAAUAGCAUGUGAUCUUAAGGGUAUAAAUUUAGUUUAAAAUUUAUUUAUGUUUGAUUCUGUUAGUUUAAUUAUGGAAUCUUGACAUUAAUGUCUAUACCGUAUUUAAUUCAAGGAAAGGAAUGUAUUAAGCCAAAGAUACUUUUCCAUAGUAUCUAGGUACACUUCUUGAAUUACCUAAAGUAAGAUUUUAGUCCCUAAUUCACCAUAAAUGGAUAAAUGAAAUGAAGCUAAGCUUGAAUGAUGCUUAAUUAUUUAUUAUUAAGAUAAGGUCAAUACGGGUAAGCGUGUGGCUGACCUGACCUUCACUUUAGGGAUUAGUGUCUAUGUUUAUGGCGAGUUCAAAUGUACAAACUCUCAAUAAACACUAAUCUGUGUGUUAACCACACCUAACUGUAUAGAACCUUGAGUUGUUUGUUGAUAUUGUUAUUGGGAAUAUCUACAACUCACUUAAACAAUCUCAAUUAAACAGACUUGAAUCGUUAAACCUAGCAGCAGGUCGCCGUAUAGGGCUUUAAAGACCCUUAAAGCUGUUUUGAACUAUUAGUUUCAUCCGCUUUAAGUUCAUGUUAUUUGUUUUGUAAGAGUGUAUUGUUCUUAUCUGUGCUUAAUUAGUACUUAUAUUUUUAAGUGGGGUUCAUAAAAGAUUGAAAAUUUGACAACUAGCUAGACUAAAAUGUGAAAUAUUGAGCGUUUUGUGUGUUGCUCUCGUCUAGAGUUGUGCCGUUCCCGGGAACGGAACUCUACUCUCGUCUAAUAUAGGUAAAGCAAAUCAAAAGAAUUAUUGUGUUUAGAUUUACUGAAGAGAGCCUUUCCGAACUAGCCUGUUUAAAAAAAAUGCGAGUUAUGAUUAACGGUUUGACAGUGCUUUUACCUAAUUUGUCAAAGUGAGUUCUUGUCUGAAGAUGGUGUUAAAAUAUUAUAAUUAACCCAGUAAAGAUAAUAAAUACCUAACAUUAAAUUAUGGCACUUGACUUAGCAUUCGACAAGUAUGCACGCUCCCCAGCUUUUACACAAUUAUGCAGAUCCGCAUGCCGCUCCGGUGUAACUUUGUGUGAGAUGUCCCGCUCUCACACCGGAGCGGCGUGCGGAUCCGCAUCCAAUAACGCAUACGCAAAGGGUUUACUUGCGUGCUUGCGAGUAACAAUAAAACUUGAUAUUACUGUUAACUUAAUCCUUUAAUCGUCAAGUCAUUCUAUUUUUUGUACAGAUUAAUAUUUUUUUCAUAAUAAUCUUUUUUUAUACCUAUAUCAGCCUUCUCUCUGUUGUUAACGAAUAGACCGUGUCUGUCUCCAAAAAAUAUUUUGAUAACGAAUCCUUUUUUACUUUGCACACUGUGUUUCAAGGAAUAUUCAGCUAAGCUAAGUGCCACAACAAUAAUUAAGAAUAUCACCAAAACUCAUACAGCCUAUGAAACAGACUGUUUAGAAGAUAUUUAUGAAAUAAGGUACCUAUAAGGUUUAAUAUUUUUUGUACUUUUGUAAAGAGUAGGUAAAGCAGAGGUAAAGAGAAGAUUGACAGUCUCUGUACACUUAGUUUGAAAUUGCGCUGCUUUUACUAUGGGACCAACCACGAAAUCGCGAAAAAAAAUUACCCUCCUAUAGAAAAUGGACCAACCAAAAUGUUUGAAACAGCCAAAAUUUUUUUCGCGAUUUCUGGGUUGGUCCCAUAGUAAAAGUUGCUCAGUAUAAUCCCAAAACCUCCCUGACAACUGGAAUGCACUUAUUUUUUAGCCACCGUGUAUAUGAUGGGUGCUGAGAAAUGGGCGGCUAGUAGUUACUAAAAGGCCUGGGGCUUAUGGCGGCCAAGACUGCAAAUCCGCCUCUGGAAGUUAUAUGUUACGUAAAUGUGACGUUUUCAACCAAAAGGUACCACAUUGUCGCUUGUUGAUUUCUAAUUGAAGCUAUAUGGAAAUAGCGCCUUACUGACAAGCGAAAAUAAGUACCCUUUUGGUCGAAAAUGGCACAAAUAUUCAUGCCAAGUUUCAUGUAAUUUAAGCGUGUCGUUUUUAAAUGAGAGCGUAAAUUCGUUUGUGUGACUUAAAAUAUUUGCAAUAUAUAUGUAGAUACUUUAAUUUCCAUACCUAAAAAGCCUUAACUUAUAGUUGGUCAAGCAAAUCUUGUCAGUAGAAAAAGGCGGCAAAUCUAAAAAAUGUAGGCGCGAAGGGAUAUCGUCCAAUAGAAAAUUUGAAUUUCGCGCCUUUUUCUACUGACAAGAUUUACUUGACCAACUAUAUGAAACGCAAACAUACAAUACUAGGUACCUCUAGGUACAGUCGACGUCAAAGAUAUGUUCACACUUUUGCACCUUACUCCUUUGCAAUAAGGCGAAAAAUGUAAACAUAUCUUUGACGUCGUCGUACAACAAUGAGGAGGCACUAGGAGGUAAUAGGGAACGUCAGUCUUCUCUAUUUAGUUCUUUCUAUGUAAUGUUGAGGAAA